AUGUGCCUCAAGGGGCUCUUGGCCUUAGCGCUGCGAGUGAGCACGCCAGCCCCCAAGGAUCCGCACUAUGACCUCAAGUUCAACGGCACAAGCGGAGAGGGAGGGCAAGCAAAGGUGUUCAUAACGGCCGAGGAGCUCGAGCAGAUGAUGGCGUCGGAGAAGGGCGUGACUAUUUUGGACGCAAGGAACAAGAUCAAUCCUUUGGCGCUGUUGUUGAACCCCGGCGCGGGGUGGACAAUUCCGGGUGCAUACAGGGCGCACUGGUUGGAUUUUAUUGCCCCAGGCACACGCGACACCCUGCUGCCUGUUCCAGAACUGGAAAAGAUGUUUCGUGAUAGAGGAGUGUCAAAUGACGUGCCUGUCGUAGUGUAUGGAUCAUGGACUGAGGCAUGGGGGGAGGAAGGAAGAAUUUACUGGCAGCUUGACUGGCUGGGCCAUAAACAGACAUACAUUCUGUAUGGCGGGUUGUUUGCUUGGAAGACAAGGCGACAGCAGGGGCGGGGUCGCAGCGGAAUGGGAGACUUCGUGGCUCACCCGGUAGCCAACCGCACUAUCGAUGCCAACCAGAUCAUGACAAAGAUGGACUCUGAGCCAAGCACCUUGCUGCUGCUGGACGUACGAACGACAGCAGAAUAUGAAGGUGCAAAGCUUUAUGGAGCGAAACGUGGAGGCCACGUGCCUUCGGCAGUUCAUUAUGGGUGGAAGCGUGUUUUUACUGAUGAUGGCAGUGGGAACCUUAAGAAUCCUUCAGAGCUCCAUGAAGAAAUAUCAAAGAUGGGCAGGACUGAUGGAGUGAAAAUUGCUGCAUAUUGCACCGGUGGCAUCCGUUCAGGAUUCAUGUAUGCUGUGCUCAAGUGGCUAGGAUACAAGGAUAUUGCCAACUAUGCAGGUUCAUGGUGGGACUGGGCAAGCAGGGAAGAUUUGCCCAUAUCAACCGCAGCACCCGCAGCUCUUCCAGUUACCAAGUUGUAG